GAGUUGCACUGUUGCACGCACGCACGUACGAGUGGAGCGGAGGCAGCCACUCCACUGUCCACUGUCCCCUCCCUUCUUCUCCGCCGCUCCGCCAGCCAGCAUUAACCGCGCCCCCACUCCUCCUACCCCGGAGCCACCGGAUCCACAGAUCGCCCUUCCCCCCCUCCGUCUCCGGCGCCCUCAUGCUCAUGGACGACGCCCCACCACCCGCGGCCCAAACCCUCGCGCUCGCCGUGGAGGACAAGGGGGCCAAGCGCGCGCGCAAGAGGAGCAGGUACCUCGACGACUACGAGACCCCCACCAUCCUCAGCGCCCUCCACGGCGGCGACACCCCGCCUCCAAGAAAGGGGGCGGCGAACGAGGGCCCGGCGCUGCUCCUCCGGCUCCAGCAGGCCGACGUCGCCGCGCCCGACCUGCUCGCCGCGCUCCGCCGCUGCGCCGCAUCCCCCUACGACUACGGGCCCCUGGUGGGCAACGUCGACGCCGGCGCGCUCCUCGCCUUCUUCGCCCUCCACAGGGAAGCCUCCGCCACCGGCCGCGCCGGCAAGGACGACGCUGCCCUGGUCAGCAGCACAGGUCAGCAUCGCUCUAACGAAGCUCCUGCCGCCGCCGCCGCCGCUCGCCCGAAUCCAUGUCAGGCCAUGGCCGUCGCCGUCCCCCACGGAUCUGCCGGCAAGGAACAGGCCGGUGGCAUUGCCAUUGGACACGCACAAGCCCACCACCACGUUGGAGUUGGACCAACAAAUGCAGCAGCAGCAGCAGCACCAGGAGGAGCCGGACCCAGCAAGAGGAGGAGGAAGAAGAAGGUGACAUUCGCACUCGGCGCGCCUACUGCCGCCGGCUGCUCUGCUCAACCCCCCACCCAUGGCGUCGGCGCAGGUGCCAUGGCUUGUUACCCUGCAUACGCACAAGCCCACCACAUUGGACCAUCAAAUGCAGAUGCAGCACCAGGGGGGCCUGGACCCAACAAGAGGAGGAACAACAAGGUGACAUUCGCACUCGGCGCGCCUACUAGUGCCGCCGACGCCGGUUGCUCUGCUCAACUCGCUGCCACCCACAACGGCGGUGCCGGUUCCGCACCCAAGAAGCCGGCCAAGAACAAGAAAGCUGUCAACGGGCAGCAGCAUUUCAGCAAGCCGGUGGCCCUCAUCCUGCAAUUCGCCCCGGGCACCGCCGCCGACCAGCUCCCUUCCAAGGAGCAGCUCCACUCCACACUCCGCGGCUUCGGGCCCCUGAUCGAGCCCAGCACCGAGAUCACCAAGAAGCAGGCACGCGUCGUGUUCCAGAGCGGCGCCGCGGCCGAGGCCGCCUACAGCUGCGUGCACACGCUCGGCCACUUUGCCGCGGCGCGGCUGCAGUACCUGCGCCCGCCGCCGCCCCCUCCAAAGAUCCCGCUGACAGACGUCCGGAAGAACCUUGAGAGGAUGAUCGCGUCCCUCACCGGCCCCUCUCUGCUCGGCAAGGAGGACAGCGCAUGGAGCCUCGCCGGAGAGAUGCAGCACCUGCUGGUCAAGGUCGACAGGGCGCUGAAUGCCGGCGGGGCAGGGCCUUCCACCUCAGUUGCUGCUCAUCGCCAUUGAUCUCUCAGCUUGGAUCAGCUCUGCUCUGCUCUGGUCUGCUACAUGGAGAUAAGCUCUCCCUACCUCCUAGUAUAGUUUGUUAGUGAUCCAGGUGCUCUUGUAUAUUACUAGCUCUAGUCUAGUUCCACCUCAGCUGCUGCUCAUCACCAUUGAUCUCAGCUCAGCUCAGCUCUUCUGUGGUCUAGUCUGCUACAUGGAGAUAAGCUCCUCCUACCCCCUAGUAUAGUUAGUUUAGUCAGUGAUCCAGUUGGUCUUCUUGUAUAUUAUGAACCCUAGUCCUCCUUAGGUACUGCUACUGCUCGAAUAAUCGUAGCUGCUAGUCUCACUCGGUAUGUUUCAGUGUCGAUCCAUACUGCCUGCAGCGACGAUCGAGCUUCUAAUCUCAUGUGUAAUAUAUAUCUACCUGCUACCAAUGAACUAAGCUAUGGUGUGCUUGAUCCC